UUGAAACCGUAACAAAGUGGUUCAAAAUGUCUGCCGCGAGUGAAUCAAAGGACGAAGAUUUGGUUGCAAAAUUAGGAAGUGAUUUGAAAAUAAGAGUCAGCUCAGUAUUAAACAAGAAUGUAAAGCAGUAUGGUAAAAAGUUUAUGUUUGAUGGCAAGGAAGAUACUUGUUGGAAUUCAGACCAGGGUCAGCAGCAAGUCAUUGGCUUUCAAUCCAGCUGUCCUGUUCUGAUCAAUGAAAUACAAAUUCAGUUCCAGGGAGGGUUUGCUGGAAAAGAGUGUGAGCUUGAAAUGCAAUCUGAAGACGGGAAAGUGACAACUUUUAACUUUUAUCCUGAAGAUAUCAACCAAAUGCAAAUAUUUCCUGUUCCUUCAACUGUCUUGACUAGUUCAUUCAAACUGAACUUUAACACUAGUACUGAUUUCUUUGGACGAAUCAUUAUUUAUCAGUUGAAACUUUUUGGGAAGACUUUAUAGUACAAAUAUCAAUCAGAAUUUUAGCUAUUAAUGAUAUCUUCAUUAAGAUUUAUCCAUUAAGUUAUUCUUUCUUCUUU